AUGAAGGCUUUUCCUGAGGCUGCCAACUUUCUGCUUUUUAUGGCUGUGCCCUGGGAGCUCCGCCAUAGCACGCUGAUCUGUAGUCUUAGGAUAUUUUUCAUGAAGGUUGUCACGGAGGACUCUGAGAAUAUUCCUGCCAGUGUCCUCGUCAUCCAAUUUGUAUCUCUACAAGCGAACCAACAGCACGAAAUUCCAGCAAGUCUCGUUUGGCAAAGUCCCACUGCUCACUCGGGGAUAUCACAAGUUUGUCUCAUCUGUCUUAUGAAACCGGUGCUCAAGGUAGAUAAAUUGAGUGAAGAUGUACUGAGACGGCUUCCAUUUUCCCAAUAUGCGGCCAUGAUUUGGUAUUCUCACUACGAGGGUGCGGACAGAGGAACCAAUAACACACUGGAUGGUCUAGUCCUGAAGCUCUUCAAGGAUGGAGCAAAUGCCAAUACAGACACACCUGGCCGGGUUGGGACUGCUCUGCAUGCUACCUGCUCUGAACGCAAUCCCAAUAUAGUAGAGAUCCUGCUCAACGCCGGUGCGAUACUACAGCAAUUGGCGGCGAAUUCGGAACGCUUUUACGAGCAGGAUCUUACGGGGAAAAAGCCCAAACAGUAA